UAGUAGACUGGGACUAUAUAGCCUCCAUGGAGUUUCUUUUCUCCUUUCAACUGCAAGCAAGGCCUGGUAGGACACUGCACACCGCAAGAUAGAGGGCGUUUGUUGUUCCUCUCCAACUAUAAUAUGGAGGCAGCUAGUACCCACGCAGCAUCACUGCUGGCAAGUCUAAACCUCCAGAGAGAGCGUGGUCAGUUCUGUGACUGUGUGGUCACACAGAGACAGAGCCCGAGUCAGCUCUACCCAGCACACAGGUGUGUCCUGGCAGCUUCUAGUCCAGUGCUGGCAUCUAUCUUGUCUUCUACUGGUGCCCUGGUGGAACUGAAGGCUCCAUGUCUGUCGGACCCUGUACUGGCACUUCUUUUGGACUACAUUUACACAGGGGCUUUUCCGCACACUCAUAACCAGCAACAGUGCUACAGUCUGCUUACAGCUGCCUGCUACUUGCAGAUGGAUGAACUGCAGGAGGCUCUGAGGACUUGGAAACACAAUGAGGUGAAUGCUGGAGAUUAUACAAAUGCUUACACCGAGCCUGAGAAUCAGCCAUAUGAAGUCAUUAACAGUACUUGCAGUUUAAAUUCACCAGAGGGUGAGGGUCAUCAAUAUUCAGCUAAUGUGGACACACGUGAUGAAAUUCAAAUGCAGACAGCCAGUAAAGGUUUCUGUAUGAAAGACAUAGAAAUAGAUCCAUGUAGAAGUAGCAGUAAAAAUGGUAAAAACUGCUGCGGUAGAAAAGAUGCAAGCAAUAUAAGCACCUGUUGUGGUGCCUGUCAAAGCGCUGAAUGUAGUGUAAAUACAGGUACCUGCAGGCAAGCAACUUCACCUCAAAAUUUGAUUAACAAAAUCCCUCGCACCGCUAAAAUGCAUAGGGUGUCUAGAAUGGACACAGAGGUGCAAAUGGAUCAGUUUUGUUCAUCUGGCACUGUAAAACCAGAGACUUGGCAGAAGAGUGCAGCGGAAGAGGUAGUAAGAACUGGUGAGGACAGGAGUAGCUUGUAUUUACUCUGCCCUGCUGAGGUGCAAGAGGAAGAGACAAGCAGAGCCGAGUUGAUGGGUUUAACAUUGAAAAGUAAAGCGGAGGAGAAGCAAACUAACAGAGAAGAAGACGACAAGACUCGGGUACAUCACUCUCCCCUUUGUCUCUCAACCUCCCACCUUCGGGACAAUGUUUCUCCCUCACAGUGCUCCUCCUCAUACUCUUCCUCACCACCACAGGCGUGUUGUGGGGCAGUUCCUGUCAUACGUCACAUCAGUAGAGCAGAUAUGCUCCGCCUUGCAGGAGGGUCUACAGUGCCUCCUUUCCUCCCUGUCUCUCAGGCCACAAUCAGCUCCAGUGGUGACCCUGACUCACAAUUAGACAAAGACAGCAUUGUUGAAGGUAUUACCCCUAAACACAAAGGUCACACUGGAACACAAAGUUUGGAUAACAAGGAUAGAUCAAAUCAGUUUGCAAGACAGGAUUUAUGUUACAAAUCCAAUGCAGAUCAAUUGGACAUCCUAAAACAGGAUUACAACAGCAGCAACACAGAUCAGGAUGAACAUAUGGGCAAUGGAUUAUCCCACAUUACAGGUCACACAAAGCAUUUUAGGGAUGAUUCUUUUCCAGUGAAUAAGGAUUACCACAGUUUCACCAGAGGAUUAAAGUAUAGAACUGAUCUCAGCUUUGAUGAUUUCGCUUCCAAACAGCAGCGAUUGGAUUUCUCCGAUUGCUGCAUUGUUUCGAUGGAAACUGCAGCAGAGGAGCAGUCAAUUUACUCACAAGAUCAGAGAGCUGUAGUUUCACUUCCUGAACAGGACUCAGACACAGGAAGUGACUCUCAUCGUCAAGAUUUGUGUCCAGAGGGACAAGUGAAAGACAAACACAGUUACUCAAGUGGAUGUCAAGCUGAAAUGGAUGGACAGGACAGGCAGUGUAGCCUCUUCGGACCUAAGACGGAUUGGUACCCACACUUGCACAGAGUCAAGACAAACACAAAUGAUGCUGCCUCUUGCCAGCAUGAACGUGACCCAAACAACAAAGACACAGCUAUGACAGACAAAAGAUACAGGACUGAUGUUUAUCUCUCUGUCUCCAGCACACCACAGUCAUGUUUGGAUGAUGUCAGUGGCGGUUUCUUUGCCUUUAAACACUGCACACCUCUGGAACUUGAAAAGACCUCAGGCACUGAGACCACAGAGCCACACUUUACUUUUACAAUACCUGUGGACAACAACAUGUCUGGUCCCACGUAUAGUGCUGUGGGGCAGUCAUAUCGUGGCCAGCUUCAUUAUCACUGCCUACCACAGGAGAACAUUCACUUAUCACAUGGAGACUCUGAGCACCACUACUCCCACCCUAGCCACCUUGAUCAAUCAGGUCAGUCCAGUGAUGAUGAUGAUGAUGAUGAUGAUGAUGAUGAGCAGGUUGGUACCUUUGCCAUUCAAGCUCAAAGUCCUUUGAGCCAACACUUUGCUACAGGGACUACAGACCAGGUUGUACUGCUAGACAUUAGCGCCAAACCUGCUGAGUUGCUAGCGUCCUACAAACCCAGAUCUGACGAAGGAGAAAAAAGGGAUGCACUCGGCCACAAGGACACAUUUGGAAAUAGGUUUGGGCAAUGGAAUGAAGCAACAUCUGUAGCAGGGGUUGACAGUAGAAACAUUACAGCUUGGACAAAAUGUGGGGCUGAGAGUUUAGAUGAGGCUCGGUCUAAAUCUUGGGGUGCAGAAACAAAUGUUAAAGAAAGAAAAUCUGUUGGUAAAGAGCAAAGCAAGUCAGGAGCUCACAUUAAACAUAAAGCUGGGGUUGUGGAAGGUAAGAACCAGACCACUACCUUGACAGUCUGUUCACCUCCUAGUGUGCCAGAUUCUGUACAAGCCUCUGUGUCAUCUACCUUGUCUGUCAGCAUACCUUCUACCCUUUCAGCGAGCUUGCCAACAAAUAUAUCAGCUCAUCUGUCAACUCCUGUACACCACCAUUUACAGUGCUCUCUGUGCGACCGUUCCUUUAGCCAGCGAGGCUCUCUGAAUAGACAUGUGCGGAGUCACCUUGGCGUACGGCCCUUCCCCUGCCCCCGCUGCCCUAUGACCUUUUCUCGCCAGUACCGUGUCACAGAGCACAUGCGUGUUCACCAGCGCUGUGUCCUUGGGAGUGACUUUCAAAAGCCCCCUACUACAUCAAUUUGAGACAGCGAGGAGAUGCCACCAACAUGACAUUUAUUGUCCUGUCACUGAAGACCAGUAUCAUUCAAAUGUGUUGGUUUGUUUUUAAUUGCUCUGCACAAUGAAAAUGUCCUUCCACAUUUCGCAAAUAUAUAGAAUUAGGACAUUUCUGAGAUAAAGUUUUGAGAUUAAUUUCAGAUUUCAUGGGUAUCUAUGCCCUCAAGAGGCCAACAAUGGGAGUUAACCCUGAUAACACUGCAGUUCCAUGAAAAUCUGGCAUUCCAAAUAAGGACAAGGGGGAAAGAAAGAAAUGAACUAUAUGCUACCUGUCCAGCACCAAACAGCAGACAGACACAGUUAAC